UGUUGCGUGGCGGGGGCGCGCUGGACGGCCGGGAUGCUGCUGCGGCUCCUGUCGACUUGAUUAGUCGUGGCUGCUGCGGGGCUGGACAGGAAAUGAGGAGCUGCGCCAGCCCAGCGCCAGGCGGUGUGUGUGCUGCGUGCGGACCGGCGGAGUGAGCGGCACCGGACGCGACCCUCGAGGCCAAGCCUCCGCAGCAGUGACUCUCAUCUAUCAACCCAGUGACCCGUGACCUCACCCGUAGUCCAGAUGGAGCAGCUGUCCGAUGAAGAGCUUGACCAUGGCGCUGAGGAGGACAGUGACAAGGAGGACCAGGAUCUGGACAAGAUGUUUGGGGCCUGGUUGGGGGAGCUGGACAAGCUGACACAGAGCCUUGAUGAUGGCAAGCCCGACCAGCUAAGGAAGUCCCCGCUCCGCCAGGAGACGAACCUGGCAAACUUCUCGUACCGCUUCUCAGUCUACAAUCUCAAUGAAGCUCUUAGCCAGGGGGACACGGUGGACCUGGAUGCUCUCAUGGCGGACCUUUGCUCUAUCGAGCAGGAGCUCAGCAGCAUGGGCUCCAAGUCCAACAGCAUCUCUAAGCAGGAGCAGAAAACGCAUCACAAGCCAACUGCUGGGCGUCUGGGUGCUGCCAACAGCAGUAGCAGUGCCCGGGGGUCACCUUCCUCUUCGCUUCGUGGGCACCGGCCCAUGCAAUCCAACUUCUCCCUGGAUGACAUCACAGCCCAGCUGGAGCAGGCUUCGCUAAGCAUGGAUGAGGCGGCACGCCAGACUGGUUCGUCCCUGCCAUUGCCCACAAUGCAUCACCGCCGGACGGGGUCAGCUGGCACCGUGAGUGACGCGGAGGUGCGGUCCAUCAGCAAUUCUUCUCGCUCGAGCAUCAACUCGGCUACCUCCAGCAUGGACUCGCUGGACAUUGACAAAGUGCUUCGGGCGCAGGAGGUGGACAUUCAGCCUCAGCCCUCCUCAGAGGAGGAGCAGGCGGCCAAGCAGAAGGCAGAGAAGAUCCGUGUGGCCUUAGAGAAAAUCAAAGAAGCACAAGUCAAAAAGCUGGUGAUUCGGGUGCACAUGUCUGACGACAGCUCCAAAACCAUGAUGGUUGAUGAGAGACAAACGGUCAGGCAGGUGCUGGACAGCCUCUUGGACAAGUCUCACUGCGGGUACAGCCCUGAUUGGUCGCUGGUGGAGACCAUUUCAGAGCUUCAAAUGGAGAGGAUCUUUGAAGACCACGAAAACCUCGUUGAGAACCUCGUCAACUGGACCAGGGACAGCCAGAACAAGCUCAUGUUCAUUGAGCGAAUUGAGAAGUACGCGCUGUUCAAGAACCCUCAGAACUACUUGCUGGGCAAGAAAGAAACUUCAGAGAUGGCAGACAGGAACAAGGAAGCCUUACUGGAGGAGUGCUUUUGUGGCAGCUCUGUCACCGUCCCAGAGAUCGAGGGGGUGCUGUGGCUGAAGGAUGACGGCAAGAAGUCGUGGAAGAAGCGCUACUUCCUGCUGCGCGCGUCGGGCAUUUAUUUUGUCCCUAAAGGCAAGGCAAAGGUCUCACGUGACCUUGUCUGCUUUCUCCAACUGGACCACGUCAACGUUUACUAUGGGCAGGACUUCCGGAACAAGUACAAGGCCCCCACCGACUACUGUCUGGCGCUCAAGCACCCUCAGAUUCAGAAGAAGUCGCAGUACAUCAAGUACCUCUGCUGUGACGACGUCCGGACUCUGCACCAAUGGGUGAAUGGCAUCCGCAUCGCCAAGUAUGGCAGGCAGCUCUACGCCAACUACCAGGAGGCCAUGAAGAAGACGGAGGCGGCCUACGAGUGGUCAUCGCUGUCCAGCUCCAGCAUGAAGUCCGGCCUGAGCUCGUCCAGUCUGCCCGAGUCGGAUGGCAGCCUGCCCGAUUGCCUGCCCGCCAGCCACGUGCGCUCCCAGAGCAUCGUCAGCUCCAUCUUCUCGGAGGCCUGGAAGCGGGGGACUCAGAUGGAGGAGAUCAGCAAGGUUCGCUUGGACUCCAUCAGCAGACCCCACUCCUCUCAGCUGCUACAGCCGGCCCCCCAGUCCCGGGUCAACAUCUCCCAUCAUCCACCUCAACCUUCCCCUCCUCCGCCCCCGCCCCCUCCUCCGCCCCCUCCCCCUCCCCCCAGCGCCCCCCAGCAGAUCUCCCCCAACAUGUUCGUCAAGUACAGCACCAUCACCCGCCUGCAGAACGCCUCCCAGUCACGAGCCGCGUCCCAGAAGCCCCCCCUGUCCGUCCCCCCACCGGGACUGGCUGUCCCGCCCCCCCCCCCACCACCGCCUCCCCCUCCCCCUCCCGUGCCGGGCUCGGCCAUGGCGGUCCUCAAGCCGGGACCCCCGAGCCCCGCCCCGCCCCAGUUCACCCCCCCGCCGCCUCCCCAGAAGUUUCAGAGCAACGGAAUUCAACUGGCUCCGCCUACCAAGUUCAGCACUCUGACCUCUUUGGGGGUGGAGCUGUCCCUGCCCCCGCCCCUUCCGGCCCCCACUCCUCCACCAGCUCCCCCCGCCCCUGCCAAGCCUUUUCACGGAGGCCCUCCCCCGCAGACGGCCCCCAAGCCCCCCACGCCCAGCUUUAUCUCGGUGGCCUUGGCGCCGCCCCCCUCCCCGCCCCCUCCGCCACCCCCGCCCUCUGCUCCCACCCCUCCCAAAAAGCAGCCGAGCUCCUCGGCCCCCCAGCCCCCUCCUACGCUGCCCAAGCAGCACAGCUUUUCCUCUAAGGCCCCCCCCCCUGCUCCCGGGAGCCCCCGUGUCCCCCACACCCCCCCACCGCCACCCUCCUCGUUGGUCAAGCAGAUCGUCAAUCAGUUCCCAGCGGCGCCCCCUGCUCCGAGCUCAAAGCGCCAACCCCUCAGUCGCCCCCCCGCAGUCAAAGCCAAACCCAAGUGGCAGCCUGGCGGCCCCCCACAGUCCCCCGACUUCCCCCCUCCACCGCCUGAGAGCAGCCUGGCGUUCCCCCCUCCACCACCGCCCCCACCACCACCCCCCCCUCCGCCCCCGCCUCCUCCCCCAGCGAAGUCCGGCUCCCCGGUGAAGAAGCCCACCAAGACGUCCAGUCCAGGUGGCAAGAAGCCCCCCCCCACGCCGCAGCGCAACUCCAGCAUCAAGUCGUCCACCGUGAGCGAGUACCACGAGAGCAAGAAGGUGGAGAGCCUGGUGAACAAGUUUGGCCAGCCCGCCGAGUGUCCUGUGCCCGCUGCCGCCGGUGCCAGCUCGCCCGCCAAGGACUGCCUGACCCCUCAGAAGCCCGGCAAGCUCAACCUGGCCAGCCUGCCUCUCGCCUUCACCCAGGGGACGGCCACGGACUUCCCGUCCCCUCCCUCCGACUGUGACUUCUUCCCCCCGCCGCCCCCGGACAACGAGCUGCUUCCCCCGCCGCCGGUGGAGCCCCCCGGAGGAGCCCCCAAAGUGGCGGUGGUCAACCCCCAGCCGCAGAGCUGGAACAAAGCCUCCCUGAAGAAGACGCCGCCCCCGACGCUCCCCCGGCGCAACGACAGCACCCGCCUCACGCAGGGCGACGGCCCCGAGCCCCCCGGCACGCCCCCCCCCCAGCCGGCGCCCACCUCGCCCAAGGGCAGCCUGAGCAUGCAGCCCAACUUCCUGGCGGACCUCAACCGGACUCUACAGAGGAAGUCCUUCAGCAGGCACAGCUCGCUGUCCUCGGCGCGGGGGUCAAAGCUGGAGCCUGGCACCACCAUGGACGAUAUGGCGCUGCCCCCGCCGCCCCCCGAGCUGCUGGAGCAGCAGAAGCAGCAGCAGGGCGCCUUCGGCUCCAGUGCCAUCUCAGGCUAUGCAACGUUACGGCGGGGGCCGCCCCCCGCGCCCCCCAAACGGGACCAAAGUACCAAACUGACCGGAGACUGGUAGCCUCCCCGCCGGGCGCCCACUCCUUGUAAUUACGUGUUUGCGUGACCAAACCUCUCCGGCUUUGAACCCAUCUUUGUGCAGCUUGUUCUGUGGCAACAAGAGAGCCCCCUCGUGGCAAAAUAUCAGUACUGCAUGGCCUCUGUAUUCAACAUGGACUCGCCGGCGGGCUCGGUGCCCGCUCAUCUUGCCUUUCACAGCGUGCCACUGCAGCGCCAACUGCCAAUGGUCUCGUGGCCGCAGAAUGCCUUUGUCUUCUGGGAUCUGCCCGCCCCCCCCUGCCUGCCCCAGUGUGUGUCGUCUGUGGUGGCAGGGUAUUGUGGGAUAGCACUGCUAGUCUAGACUGUGUAUGCAUGCGUCACAUUUUAUACGAGGAUCACCUUCUUCUUCUUCUUCUUCUCCUCCUCCUUCUUUUGGUUUUCUUUUUUUGUUUGCUUUCUCCGCGGGUACAAAUGUGCACGGUGCCAGGGUCAUUUCCAAAAAGCCUGGUGCCAGGGACCCGGGGGGGGGUGGGCUGAAGUGGGAGGAUUUGGGGCUUUGAGGUGCUGAUGAGGGUGCUGUGCCAUCGCUGCCAAGCUAUGUAUUACUGCGACAUUAACAAUGGAAGCACAUAAUCCAUUAAAUCUUCCAAAAAAAUAAA